AUGCCGAAGAAAAAGGGAGGCUCCGGGAGCCUGGGCUCGUCUUUAAUCCGCCAUAGAUUCAACCGCGGUUCGGAGUUUCAGCACGCCGACGAGGGCCGACGCCACGUCAUCGCCGCGGCGGAAGCGGCGGCGAAGCCGGCGCUGGUGUCGGUGGUGGAUCAGAGUGACCUGGAGGAGCUGCUGACGACUGCUGAGCUGGCAGGGCGGGAGUUCGCCGCCCAAAGAGGCAACGCUGAGAUAAUCUACCUAGAUGGUCAUGACGUGGGAGCUGCAGGUGGGAAAGGCGGAAGCAGCAGCGAGCGCAGGGAGCAGGAGGAACUUCACAGGAAGCUUCUUACCAUCCCAAGACGGCCCAAGUGGAGCGCAAGCAUGACGUCAGCAGAAUUGGACGCUAGUGAGAAGGCGGCUUUCCUGGAAUGGAGGCGAUCGCUCUCCGCGGUGGAGGAGAACAACCACCUGGUGGUAACCCCAUUCGAGAAGAACCUUGACAUCUGGCGACAGCUGUGGCGAGUGCUGGAGAGAAGCCACCUGGUGAGUGGUUACCCGGUUACCAGUUGCUGGGUGGUAACCGUGGUGGACAGCCGAGAUCCGCUCUUCUACCGCUGCUCUGACCUCGAAGCGUACGUGCACGAGCUGGGAGCAGGGCCUUAUCACAGCAACGAGAGCAGCAGCAACAACCUGCGCACCAGCAACUCGAAAGACGAGAGCAAUAAGGAUUUGGCAGACGGGAGCAGCAGCAGCAGCAGGGAGGGAGGGGAGGGUUCGCCGAGCCGGACUCUGCUGCUGCUGAACAAGGCGGAUCUUCUGCCUUCUGGUGUGCGGCGGCUGUGGGCUGAGUGGCUGAAAGGACAGGGCGUUGAGUUCGCCUUCUGGUCUGCUAAGGCUGCUGCUGAAGGGGUGGAUGGGGAGGAGGAGGGACAGGAGGAGGAGGAGGGGGAGGAGGGAGAGGAGGAGGAGGAGGAGGAGGAGGAUGAGAGUGAGGGUGAGUGGGAGGAGGCGGACGGGGAGGAGGAUGAGGAAGAGGGCGAGGAGGAGGAAAGUGGGGAAGCAGGUGAAGUUAGUGAGAAGGAGCAAGAGGGAAGUGAGAAUGUUGAGGGGAAGGGGAGUGUGAGAGUGAGGGUGACUAAAGAGGAUGUGAGGAUACACGGCAAGGACAGCCUAUUACGGCUGCUCGAGGCGAAAGCUUCUGCCAUCGCUGCUGCUACCGCCACCGCCGCCGCUACUGCUGCUGCUCGUGCUCCUGCCGUUGCUUCAGCAGGAGCAUCUGGGGGGAGAAGGGAUAAGCAGGACGGGCAGGAGAGAGUGGUUGUGGGAUUUGUGGGUUACCCCAACGUGGGUAAGAGCUCUACUAUCAACGCCCUUGUUGGGUCCAAAAAAACCGGCGUCACGUCCACUCCGGGCAAGACAAAACAUUUUCAGACGCUGCCCGUGUCGGACUCGCUGAUGCUCUGCGACUGCCCGGGGCUGGUUUUCCCGUCGUUUGCGUCGUCCCGGUCAGAAAUGGUGGCAGCUGGAGUGCUGCCCGUUGACCGAAUCACGGAUCAAAGAGGGCCCGUUGAAGUGGUUGCUCGAAAAGUUCCUCGGGCAGCCCUUGAAAGUAUUUACGGGCUGACUUUUCCGCCUCCACCUGCCCAUGAAAGACCUGACAGACCCCCGAAGGCAGUGGAGAUUCUUAAAGCCUAUGCCCGGUCACGAGGGCACGUGGUUUCUUCCGGGCUGCCCGAUGAAACCCGGGCAGCCCGAAUCAUUUUGAAGGACUAUUUGAGUGGGAAGCUGCCACAUUUCGAGCUGCCCCCAGGCUGCCCAGAAGAGAGUUUUAGUGACAAAAAUUGGUUAGGCACAGGAGCAGGAGGAGAAAGAGAGGGCGAGGGAGAGGGAGAGGGAGAGGAAGGGGAACUUCUGGUUCUAGACGCAGUUGACUUGGAGCAUUUCGGAGGUAUGGCUCUGGAAGAGGCCCAGCAGGCCGCCGCUGCUGCUGCUGCUGCGGGUGGUUCUCUUGGUGAUGCUGACUAUAACGAGGGCGGGGAAAGCAGGGGAAGCGGCAGCACCACUGCUGGUGGUGCUGCUAGUGCAGGCCAGGCAGGUGGAGGGGGGAGGAGGCAGCAGCAGCCGGCAAAGGCAGAGCAUAAGAAGCAGAAGAAGCAGGCGAGGAGCAAGAAGAGGGAGUGGAGGGUGGGCCGGGGGGGAGGGGAUGGGGAGGAGGGGGCAGUGAUUACGGUGAGAGGGGUGGUCAAGCCGUUGAGCCAUGGGGCUGUCAAGCCUGGGAUGGUGCUGCCGGGUGUCAAACACUUGGUGCAGUGA